AUGAAUAGUAGAAUUGUAUUGCCAGUGUUAUUUGGAGUCAGUCUAUCAAAGCACUAUCUGGACAAUGCUAACCAAAAUAGGACUAGAUUUAGCAGCUCCAAUGCUGACAAGGUUCCAGAUAGCCACGGCGUUUCUGAUAAACAUGACAGCAUCUACGUUUCAAUUGGCACUAAUCCGGACAAGACAGGUAGCUACAAUCACCCAGCCAGCAACAGUGCUGAAAUACCAUUUACAAACACUGACAACAGCAUUCAUGUAUUUAAGCCCAAGACAGUCUCCAAGGAGAUAAAAGAGCUAAAAGAGUGGGAAACCAAGAACAUUGUCUUUAUUGUUGGAACUUCAAGAGUUGAAUCCGAUAACAUUCCUGAGUUUACAAAAAAGAUUAAGUUGCUGAUCGAUGUUGAUAGCACAAUACAUAAGAAGGAGCUAUCGCAAAGGCAGGACUAUAGAAACUGGGAAGAUUACAUGGAGAAUACCUACCAGCCUUUGUUUUCAAAGUACAGAGAUGUUAUAUUUAAAAUGGAGAAAGAGCAAAUAAAAGAGAUGCUCAAAUUAAAAGACAACUUCGCAACGGCUAAUUCAAGCAAUGCAGGCACUAAUAAUCAUAGCAAUACCACUACCAAAAGUAACGCCAAGUCAAGUAGCAGUAAAAGGAAUAGAACACGCAUCAGCAACGCUUUUCUUCCUUUUAUGCUUGACAGGUUCUAUUUUGCGAAACCCUCAGCUUUUGACCUAACUGUCAAUGCCACUAAUCUACUUCUAACAAUUGUUGGAAGUGAGGACCUUUCAAAAGAAGAAAUGAAUGAGCUCAAAAGGCGGUUUGUAAUGACCCAGUUCAAGGACAGUAGUCCCAAUGGCAAUAUAUACACCAGCAAUUAUAGUAGUACCCUGUGGAACAAGGAGCUCUCAAGGAGCGAGAUAAGAGAAAUAAUGGCUGACUUUGAUUUAAGUUCAGUCAUGGACAGUCUUAAAGAGUAUUUUGACUUCAUGAAAAGAUUGGGAAAGAUAGUCAAUAUUGACAAAGAGUACAGCUUUGUGUAUCCUGUUCUUAACAUUGAGGAUUUUGAGGAGAGCGAGAAGAACAUUCUGGUGGAGUGCUCAGAGGUUUUUGAGGGAUACUUGCAGAAUGUGAAGGGAAUAAAGGGAUGGAUAGGAAGAAAUAAGUGA